AUGCAGGUGCUCAAGUGGAGUACCAUCAGGGUAUCAAAUGUAGCUGGAGAACUAUCUUUGCUAUUUGGUUUGUUAUUGUGGGUAACAACCUACCCUCGGAUAAGGCAAAAAAUGUUUGAACUCUUCUUUUACACUCAUCACUUGUACAUUCUCUUCAUGAUUUUCUACAUUUUCCAUCUCGGCUUCUCUUAUUCCUACACCAUUCUUCCCGGUUUCUAUCUCUUCAUGGUCGAUCGGUUCUUGAGGAUAUUACAAUCACGACAAAGCGUUCAUUUAGUUUCUGCUCGUGUCAUAUCAUGUGAAAUUGUGGAGCUCAACUUUUCUAAGAGCCGAGCUUUGAGUUACACUCCAACAAGCAUCAUCUUCAUAAAUGUGCCCUCCAUUUCAAGACUACAAUGGCACCCUUUCACCAUUAGCUCAAGUAGUAAUCUCGAACCGGACGAGCUAAGCAUCAUCAUAAAAAAUGAAGGAAGUUGGAGUGAGAAGCUCUAUCAGAUGCUUUCUUCACCAUCUCCGGUGCAUCAUCUUCGCAUGUCCAUUGAAGGACCUUAUGGACUUUUUUUGAAGAAAAUCAUAACAGGAUUAUUGCUGGGAAAAAAAAAUGAAGAGAAUUCAAGUCCUCUCAAAGUUGUCCUAUUCAUCUUUUUCUUUUCUUUUCUUGAUGCAAUGCAGGUGCUCAAGUGGAGUACCAUCAGGGUAUCAAAUGUAGCUGGAGAACUAUCUUUGCUAUUUGGUUUGUUAUUGUGGGUAACAACCUACCCUCGGAUAAGGCAAAAAAUGUUUGAACUCUUCUUUUACACUCAUCACUUGUACAUUCUCUUCAUGAUUUUCUACAUUUUCCAUCUCGGCUUCUCUUAUUCCUACACCAUUCUUCCCGGUUUCUAUCUCUUCAUGGUCGAUCGGUUCUUGAGGUUCUUACAAUCACGACAAGGCAUUCAUUUAGUUUCUGCUCGUGUCAUGUCGUGUGAAACUGUGGAGCUCAACUAUUCCAAGAGUCGAGCUUUGAGUUACACUCCAACAAGCAUCAUCUUCAUAAAUGUGCCCUCCAUUUCAAGACUACAAUGGCACCCUUUCACCAUUAGCUCAAGUAGUAAUCUCGAACCGGACGAGCUAAGCAUCAUCAUAAAAAAUGAAGGAAGUUGGAGUGAGAAGCUCUAUCAGAUGCUUUCUUCACCAUCUCCGGUGCAUCAUCUUCGCAUGUCCAUUGAAGGACCUUAUGGACCUAUUUCAACUGAUUUUCUUAGGCAUGACGUGCUUGUGAUGGUUAGUGGAGGCAGUGGCAUUGCUCCAUUCAUCUCCAUCACGCGUGACCUCAUCUUCACAACCUCAACCCUAAAAUCCACCACCACUCCACAAAUUCUUCUCAUCAGUGCAUUCAAAUUUUCAUCCGACCUCGCCAUGCUAGACCUUCUCUUUCCACAUUCCAAAACCCCAUCUGAACUUCUCAACUUGGAACUCCACAUUGAGGCCUACAUAACAAGAGAAAAACAACCCAUAUCGGAGAACGAACAAAAGCCUCUCCGAACCAUCCGGUUCAAGCCUAAUCCCUCGGAUGCCCCCUUGUCUCCCACUUUAGGCCCCAAUGGUUGGCUCUGGCUCGGUGCAAUCGUGUCAUCAUCUUUCAUCGUCUUCCUUCUCUUCAUGGGGAUUCUUACCCGGUUCUAUAUUUACCCCAUCGAUCACAACACGAAUAGGGUUUACUCGCACACUUCACAAGCUAUGUUGAAUAUGUUGCUCGUAUGCAUAGCCAUUGCCAUGACAGGUUGUGUAGGUUUUGUUUGGAGCAAGAAACAGAUAGCCAUGGAAGCAACAAAACAGGUUCAAGAUAUGGAAGGUGGAAAGCUAACUAGGUUUAGUGAUGAUAGGGAGUUGGAAAGCCUACCUCACCAGUCUAUUGGCAAACCUAACAAUGUGCAUUAUGGUGGAAGGCCUGACCUAAAGAGAAUUUUGUUAGAGCGCAAGGAGUCAAGUGUUGGAGUUCUUGUUUGUGGGCCUAAGAAUAUGAGACAUGAGGUUGCGGCCAUUUGUUCAUCUGGGUUGGCACACAACUUGCAUUUUGAGUCCAUUAGUUUUAGCUGGUGAUGUGAUUCACACAUCCAUUACAAAGAUGAAUGGGGCUUAGAAAGUGAAUCUUCAAAAAUGACAUAAAGCGUAAUGUAUUGUUGAGAUCUAUGUUUAUUAAAGUUCAUAAAAAAUGAUUUGUACAUUCAAUAUUUGUUUCUCCUUUAUAUACUAUGUUUUUGCAUAUAGUUGUUCAGGCAACUUGUAAUAGUAUUAUUAUAUUGGAGUUUUGGGUUCAA